ACAGUGUUCCUUCCGAGGACAGAGCUGCUGUUAAUAACAUCGAAGUUAGCCUGUUAGCACAUUAGCACGUUACGUUUGGAUCGCCAUUUUCCGGGUUCAGAUUGACCCGGACAAGGUUUAAAUGUUGGUUUUUACUCCCACAGAAAAUGAUAAGCCGAGAUUUGACGUCAGAAGCGGUGGUCCCUCCACCAAUUCACGUCCACGUCCCAGAGACAACACCUGUCCAUGUCCAUAUGAGGAGGAGUCCUGGCUACAGUGCACAGAUGAAGACGAAUGGAGUUCAGGUAAAGGAAAAUGGAGUAAAGCCGAAGGCCAGAUCACCAUGGAUACCACCAGGAAGGCUGUCCUACAGAAGAGAUAUGGACUCCUACAAGAGUCAGGAUCAGAAAGUAAGAAUGCAGCGUGGGUCAGACAAUUCCGGCAGAGGUCAUAAAGAAGAAGAGAUGACAGAGACAAACCUCUGCCUUCUGCUCAGAGAACAGGAAGAUAAAACGAUACUGAUGACGUCAGAAGCUCAGGAUCCAUACAGAGAGCCAGAUGCCCUUCUGAGGGCUCUGGUGGAAGCAGAAAUCGAUGGCAUGGCAGUAACUAAUCAGCUUUCAGCAUUAAAAGAAACUGUCAACAGUCUGACCAAGGAAAAACGAUUUUCCAAGUGUCACACGACCCAAGUGAGUCGACAGCAAAAACUGCUGUUAGAUAAGAUAGAGAUGUUUGACAGAACCAAUCAAAACCUUCGACAACUGCUCAGAGACUGGAGUGAACAGCAGAAAGACUGGCUGCUGUCGUCACAACAUAGAAACAGUCUUAAGAAGAAACUGACUGAAAGUGAAGCUGAGAACACUCGUCUUCUGUCCAAACUCAACCACAAAGAAAAGGAGGCAUACAAACUGGCACAGCACUUGGAUUUUGAGAAGGACACUGUUAAAACAACUGAAGAACUUUCCAAAAUCUUGGAGUCAACACGGGAUCACCUGGAGUCUAAACUGCAUAGAACUGAAGUUGAAAAGUCAUGUCUGGCUGCCCAGAUUAAGAAGAUGCAUCAGGACCAGGAGCAGCAGCAGCAGGAGCUCCAGGCUCUGCAGGAGGAGCUCCUCACUCUCAGAAAGUGCAGAGACCAGGAGCAUGAGAGAGAAAGUGAGCUAAUUCGUCGUGCUGAAGAGACAAGCAGAGAACUGGCAGAAAAACUACACGAGAAGGAAGGUGAACUGGCCAAAGCUCUGAGUUCUUCCAGUGACUGGUGUCUGCGUCACUCAAGAGAAGCUGCUGCUAAAGUCAAACUGGAGGAAGAAAUUUCUACUCUUGCACUCCAGGUGAGUGAAAUGCGUGCGAAGAUUCAAACCGCCGAGGAGAGGAGCAGAGCAGAGAGGGAGGAGCUCAGAGAUCGGCUGCAUCACCUGAGUGCCGAGAAUGCCUCCACUACACUAGAGAACAACACACUCAAGGCUGAGCUGACAUCAUCUCUGGAGAAGCUGCGGGGACUUCAAUCUGAAGCUCGUGAGCUGAGGACAUCUAUCAGAAAGUAUGAAAGUCUGGUGGAGAAAUACAAGAAUAAGCUGCAGCAGAGUCGUUCGGAUGCAGACAAACGCUGCAAUGAGCUGCAGCAGAAGCAGCAGGAAGUGGAGGUGUUACAGGCUGGUCUAGACAAAGAGAGGGAGCAGGUGAGAAGAGAGAUGUUCAAUCGACUGCAGGAGCUGGAGAUCAUGCCAGACAAGCUAAGGAGGGUAGAGCUACAGCUCAGGCACUCCCAACAGGAGGCCGACGCCCACCAGAGGAGAAACCUGGAGCACAGCUCCACCCUUUCAGACCUUAGACACAAGGUGGAACAGCAGGGUUCUCAGCUGGAGAUGUCUCAGGAGCGGAACAUGUUGCUUCAGGAGGACAACAAAGUCCUCAAAGAGAAAACACGUGACUUGGAACUGAAGCUGGAGGAAAUGAAGAAGGAAAACAGAGAAAUGUCUCAGACUAUGACGUCACAGGAAUCCAGCAUUCACAGUCUUCAGCAGCAGAUGGAGGAGAGAAACCGUGAAUGCAGUGUCCUGAACAGACAACUGCAACAUGCUGUGGAUGAUGCUCAGAGACAGAUGGAUGACAAUGUGCAAAAAGUUUGGGCCAAAGAGCGAGUGUCUCAAUCCAAGGCGCUGGACCUACAAAGUCAACUGAGCCGAGCCAAAUCAGAAUUGAGUCAACUUCAGAGAAGCAAAGAGGAGAUGGAACGUCGAUUCCAGAACCAGCUACAGAACAUGAAGGAAAGACUGGAGCAGUCAGACUCUACAAACCGGACUCUUCAAAACUAUGUCCAAUUCCUGAAAGUUUCAUAUGGAAAUGUGUUUGGAGACUCUUUAGUACAGAGCUGAAAAUAGCUGACUACAGUGAGUUUGCACAUGACCUGCUGAUGAUUUGAAUGGGACAAUUUUAUAUCACCUGUAAAGAAAAAAAAUAUGUUUUUACAAUUUUUUUAUUUAUAGACAGGAGCAGUGUAGUGGAAAUGUUUUAGAAGGAAUGUUUUUUUUAAUGUUUCUAAGAUGAAAGCUACAAAACAGAAUUAUGAAACAUUUUGAUUUGCCCAAUAAAAAUAUAACUUCUUUUAAAAAAUGUUUUACUUGUUUUUAAUCAGAAAUUUUGUUCACUUGAAUAGAAAUCUCAAAUUUAUAGGAUCUUUGCAAAUUAAUUUUAAAAAUUGUUUUCAGAUUUUUUGUAACUGGUCAAUAAAUCUACAAUAUGACUUACAGUAAGAUGGUGAAUAUAACUGAUUAAAAAAAAUAACUUUUUCAGUAACUUUAUAGGUGUGAAGCACUUAGUGCUGUUAGUAAUACAACCAUUAAUUCAUUUAUUCUCAUAAUUGAAUAUACAUAAAUAUGACAUAAAUAAUUAUCCAUAAUGACUAAAAGGACAUACCAGCUUCACUUAUGUAAACUUCUGUUUAUUUUCCAAUCAGGUUUUUAAAUUUUGUUUCAAUCUAAACUUCCAAACUUUUAUUUAGUAUUGAUUCUAUUCUUACCCCCAAUGCUGUGUUCUGGAGAUGUUUAUUUGUGAAAUAAAAUAGUUAAGUCAGAUC